AUGCACGCAGUUCCUGAACAUGUUACCAUCGGACUUCCAAGAGAAGGAUUACAAUCUUUUGAUGAUCAUACAGAAUUGGCCAAGCACCCAGCUCCAUAUAGAAUCAAGGAAAUCGAAGUCUAAUACACCGAUGAACAUAUCCUUGGAACAGUCUUCAAAUAUGCUGAUGCCAAGGGACACACCAUCGAUGGUCACGAUAUUGAAAAAUUCAAGCCUUUUGGACAUUUGUUCGGUAAGGUGCACAAGAAGCACUUCAAGAUUGAUGAUGAUGAUGAAAUCCUUGAAAUUUCAGGACACGCUGGUGCCAGAAUCAAUGAGUUGAAGUUCAAGACAUACAAAGGAAAGGAGGAAUCUUUUGGAGUUAAGAAUGGUGUUCAUUUCGUUUACUCUUUCCCAGGACACACCUUCGGAUCUGUUUCAGGUGGUUAUGAAAAACAUUUGGAUUUCAUUAGAAUUCAUGUCAAUGAACUCCCCCCUGCUAAACAUCAUUUGAAAGUUAUCAUCAUCAAGAGUUGAGUUAUUAAUUAUAUAAUAAAA